CAUGAGUGCGGGAAGAGUACGUCGCUGCUAUCUCAGGUUUUAGGACUUGAGAACUGUACCUAGUGCUUUAAUAGACUUUAACCAAUUUAGUGAUCAAAAUGUUGCCACAAAGCGUAACAGAUCGUUCCACAUCGCCCACCACAACUCAGGGAGUAAUAUUUGGAUCUCAACUAGUCCAAGCAAACUCCAGAACUCCAUACAGCGAUGCUACUCAGACGAAGAAGCACAACCCAAACCACGUGAAGCGGCCAAUGAACGCCUUCAUGGUUUGGUCGCAGAUGGAACGACGAGAGAUCGUCAAGUUUGCCCCAGAUAUGCACAACGCUGAGAUCUCCAAGCAGCUGGGAAAGCGAUGGAAGAACCUGACAGAAAACCAGCGGCAGCCUUAUAUCCAAGAGGCGGAACGACUGCGUCUGCUGCACAUGCAAGAAUAUCCGGACUAUAAAUACCGGCCCCGUAAGAAAACAAAAUCCGGUAAUGCAGUCAAGACCGUGGAGAAGGGUCGUGUGUCCAAGGCCAAGGACAAGAACAGUACCAACAGUAAUGUCCUUAAGGGUGUUAAAUUGACAGCUGACCCCUCAAGGGCUCAGGUUACCACUGGCAUCUCAACAAUCAACCACAAUAAGCUCAAGCUCAAGCUCAAGAUAGACAAAAAAUUCAAAGAGUCUAUCCGGAACACAAUGUAUGUGCCCAUCGCGCAGUGUACCUCACCAGCCGAGGUCCCUGCCACCCCACACGAGAUGCCAGCUUCCCCGGAGAGCGCCUCCCUUUACGACAACCAUGUCACCACCACGUCCUCGAGUCGGAGCAGCAGUCGCGCCACCUCCACUAGCCCCUCCCCAGGCAAGGAACCUUUCCUCUACGGCCUUUAUACCAUCGAGAGUGCCCCUGGCCUCACCUCACUCCGGCCAGAAGCUCUCGUGUCAUCCACCAGUAUCACUUCUACUGAUGACGAUGAUGACAAAGACGAGGACGAGGACGAUGAUAAGGAAGACCCCUUGAUGUAUAAUCGAAAACGUCAUGCGGUGCGUGACGAAGUGUUUGCGCCACGACCUUUCUUUCCCACCUCCCUCUCAGGGUCUCGUGCCGCCGAUCCACCGCCCAUUAAGAUGGAGCCCCUGGAUAUCAAGCAGGAACCUCCAGCAGAGUCACCGCUGGCCGACCUAGACUCUCUGACGGACUUGCUUCAGAUACCCUCCGACUUCAAAGUGGAAGUUGACGAAAUAAAUUCUGACCUCGACUUCGAUGCGGUUUCCACGUCAUCAGGAUCUCAUUUCGAGUUCUCCGAUGUCUCGGACAUGCUGAGUGAUAUUGGUGUUAGCAAUGACUGCUGGGCUGACAUCGGCAUCAUUAACUGCUGAACUGGUAGAGUCUCCUGGUAGCUGGAGACCGGGCUGAGCCCUCGACAGCGACCAUCCGGGGCAGGACUACUCAUACGCUGCUAAAGAACCUUGUGGUCACUGGAAGUAAUUUCCAAACUGCUGGGUUUCCAGGGAGCUGUGAUCCCCCUCUCCCCUCCCUUUGGUGUUUUGCUACUGCAAGAGUCAACAAUUACAUAUACUCUGAAAGUUGGCGACGACUGUGGUGUUGAGUGAAGUAACGCGUGUGCUAGAGUAGUGAUGUCCGUCAUGAUUCGCUGUGUCAUUCUUUUAUGUUAUACAUAUAUUACUCAUAGGAAUCAUGAUAUAUAAGAUGGAUUGACUUUUUCACUGAAUUCAAGUUUUAGUCAUAACAAAGUACUUUAUAAACAAAUACCACAGUAGUGUUGCAAGUGCCAGUUCCGCAGGUGAUUAAGUAAUGAACACAGACAAUAAGUUCUUCACCUGUGCAACACCACACUCCCAGAGGACAUAAUGUUAAGUGCAUUUUCUUUAAUGAAUUGUUCUGUUAAGCUGUCAUCCCAUCGCCAUAGUGACUGCAGACAUCAUCUCGUGUCACCGUUUUUUACCAUAACAGUUGGAGCAUUUUCUAACCAGAACACAUGAACCUCCAAAGCCAAUUACUCAGCAAAAACAAUAGAACAGGAGGUGGUGCCAGUACCAUUGCCAUUAAUUGAGCUGGAGAUGCUGAAGGACAGUUUCCUGUGUGAAAAAAAAAUGCGUUUCCCAAAGAAAACUGUAAAAUACCUUUGUGCAUUUAGUGAUCUCCAAUGAUCAUCCUGUCAGUAAAGUGUAUAUUUGACAUGAUUUUUUCACUGUUGUUAUUUUUCAUAUAUUUCUCAAGUAGUGACAUUGGGAUUGUCGACCAUCAGCAGUGUUUUAAAUCCCUGUUAUAUUACUUGGGCAAGUCCAACCAUAACAAAUGAGGGUGAAAAAUCCCAUUGUAGAGCCUUAGUGUAAUGCUCCUUGAGUCUUGUAAUUGUCCACAGUGAAUGAAAUAAUAAUUACCUCUGAAGAAUUAGGUCCACAACUCCCCACCCCCUGUCUCUAGUCUGUAUGUUCAGGUUAUUUCAAAAAAACGUAUGUUAAUUGAUCAACAACGUUUUCCACAACGCAUCGCAAUGGGCAUUUAGUCUGAAACAUUUGUACACAAUUCAUGCAGUACACAUCUCUAGGGCCUGGGCAAGAAAGAGCUGUUGUUUACAUAGCAUGUAAGUCCAAACGGCAGUGGAAGCUUUAGGUGACCUGUUCUAACUGGUUCAGAUUUUCCGUUUUGACUUUAGAUCUGGAGAUAAAUGAGCUUGUGUUUUUUUUGUAGUGUUUCAUCACUUCAACCAAGCCUGGGGUAUUGUAACCAGAGGCUGAUUACAAGCCUCAGAAUCAUUGUAGGAAUUGGUCGAGGGCAAGACGGAUAACACAGAGCUGUUAAAAGUGAGGUUCCUACAGCACUGUCAUCGUCCCAGCGCUCUCCAAAACAGGUUCCACCCACUAAACCACCCGGUUUCAUAUAUAUCUAUAUAAACAUAUAUAUGAAUAUAUAUAGUAAUGGACUUUUGUACUAGUAUUAAUGCAAAGAUCCGCGCUCUAAGGCGCGAAGCAUGGAAGGGGACACUAAAACUGGGUCGUUCUCUGCGAUUGGUUGGCGAGAGUGAGCGUGUCGGCCUGACAAUUCAUUCAUUGGUCGAGUCGUUGGCCAAUCAGAGAGUGUUAGACGGGACCAAGUGCGGGUAGACGCCUUCCAUCGCCUCGGGCCUCGGCGUUCGGGUCACCAUAGACUGCCGAUCGUCGGAUACACACAUUACAUUACACAUAUACCCUCUGUCUUUCCUAAGUAAGUAAAUGAAAAAAAAUCAGCAGGUACGGCGCAUUACCAUUAUCCAUGUGAUUGGGAUUAGCAAAUACAAAAGAGAACUUCCUUAAGGUGCAAUUUCGCACGUUGUAAUUUUGGAAGUUGCACCAUAAAUGACGUCAUUCAAUCUGGUAAUCCCUCUCACACGUGUCUCAGCAUUAUCUCACUCAUGUUUCUUAGUGUCAUAGGGCAAAAUUCUUAAUACUGUGUUAGUUACGCUCUGAAAAUGGCUUGGUGUUUUCAUGUCAAAAGCUGAAUGGCUGGAUAAGUAAAAAUUUAUAUAUAUAUAUAUAUAUAUAUAUAUAUAUAUAUAUAUAUAUAUAUAUAUAUAUAUAUAUAUAUAUAUAUAUAUAUAUAUAUAUAUAUAUAUACCACUGAUGUGAUUUUCUCAUUGAAUCUUCACAAUUUUGGACCCCUGAUAGCCACUCAUGUGCUUUUGUAACUUUAUUUCUCUCUCCGUAAUCAAUUCAGUGCUGUAUGGUAACACUUGAAGCUAUUGUUAUAACAACGGAAAAGUUUUGCAUGAAGAAACGCCCCAGUCCCCCAAUAGUGAUAAUAUAUAAUUCGCUUGCUCCAACCCUUUCCCCUGUCUCACCUUAACUGUUCAUAAUUGUGUUUUAUAAGCCAUAAACUGGUGGUUGAUUUGGUGGAUGUAUUUAAAGUUUGGAUAUAUCUUGUGUGAAAUAGACGGGAAUGUUGUGUGUGGAUACUUAUAUAUGUAUCGGUCCUUGACAGGGGAUCACGUGUGUAUUUUACAACAUGUUCCUUUUACUGGAUGAUUGUUAAAUAUUUUGUACUAAAGGAACGUGUUUGGGAAUGUACCGAGACCCCAUGUCGGUGUCUAGACGCCCAUGUAAAAGGUUCUGGAUGCCGCUUUUUGAAAGUUUAUACGUGCUGGUACCACAGAAUAAUUCUUAAGGCUAUUUAAGGUUUCUAGACAGCAGGUAACAAUUUCUAGAAACCUUUUAUGGAAUCUAGAUGCUAUUCGAUGGUUAUUGAUACCGCUUAAGAGUUAUGUGAAUUAGAGCAAUAAGGAGUAUUUUGUAGGUGUGUUACAAUAUAUUCCUUUGGCUAUAUAAUGUUAUAAAUUAUUUGAGCGAUUAGAACAGGAAAAUAAAUUCCAAUGUAGCCGCAAUAUAUUAUAAGGCUCAAUUUUGUUUGGUACACUUUCGCACGAUUGUAUACAUGUUCGUAUUGGGAGUGGAUCUCUACAUUAUUCAGCCCAUCUUGGCCGAUCAGAUGAAGUGGAUUUUCGUCUAGAUUGUUACGUUUGAUCUGGAAAACUGGAUACAGUACGUUAAUGUAAUGUAAUGAUGCAGAGUUGCAACUACUUCAGUUUGUCCAUUUGUUUGGCAGUUAUGAACUCCUACCAGCUACACUCCUUCCUUCAUAACAGUUAAUAGUAUUUCCUCGCUGUUAUUGGAAUCUCCUAGCACUCAUGAGGAUUCUGCAAUUAAUAAGAGCUCCUAGCAGGUACUAGAACCACCCAUCUCGGGCUAGAUGCUCCCAUCAAAGUGCUGGAAUUUCUUGUCUUUUGCAAGGAGCUCAGGCAGUUACUGGAGCCUUGUUGCUGGGUGUUCCUGACAGAUAUUUGAAAUAAUUGUGUGUUGUCAAGAGCUUUUAGCAGUUACAAUAACUUCGUUGUCUUGGGAAUCAUUUAUUUGUAUAUCACCAGGAGCUUCUUGUAGUUACUGGAGCUUCUAGCAAUUCAUGGAACUGUUUGUUAAUUGUUAGAAGCUUUCAGCAGUUACUGGAACUACUUGUAUAUCACUAGAAGCUGCUGGAACCAGUUUUAUGUUGUCAGGAGUUCUUGCAGUCAUGUAAUGUAUUUUAGUGUCUCUAGAUGCUUCUGGCAGUUAUUGGAAUCGCUAUACUGUCAUGAUGUUUGUAGUAGGCAUUGAAACCAAUGAAACUACUUCCAGAGCUUCGAACAGUCAUUGAAACAACUUUCCUAUUCUUGGGUUACUGGGAAAUUUCAAACAGUCUUUGGAAAACGAUACAACUAUUUUCGAAGCUUCAAGCAGUAAUGAGAAACCACUUGAUAGUCUUCGGAGCCUCUGGGGGGGAGUCAGUGGAACACUUAAUUGACUGUCUUUAUAGCUUCGAGCAGCCGCCAGGAGCUUCUGGCACUAACUGGAACUUCACCUGUCAGUACCUUCUAGCAGUUCCUGGAAUCUUCUCUUAUGUUACAAGGAGCUCCUAGCAGUUAGGACCCGUAGCAAACUAGCCGGCACCGACGCCGCGUCUUCCUGAAAGAGUACAAUGAAUGUGACCUUCAGGACGGCUCGUGGAUCCCGGGAUGACUCUCCUCACACGGGCAACCUCAGGAUUUAUCUACGUUUAGUGUUUUAAAUAUUGUUUUUCUUCAGUUUUGAAAUAUAUUAGCCCAUGGAUAUUUUUAGUAACAAAAUAGUUAUUUUCAAUACUUUUGUGAAUAAUUUCAGAGUAUUGUUGAAAUAUUUCCUUUAAACAUUUUGAUUUUUAAUUUCUGGGAAAUCACCCGGUGUCUGCGAACUGGUCGACUGGUCACCCUGUCCCUCUCCCCUCCUCCCAGCCUCCUCCCACACACACCUCCCAUAUCUCUGUUAACAAUAUUUACUUCAGUCAUUCCAAAUGUGUGUUUUUUCUACACUAAUAUCGUAUAUAGCUGAUUGACGUUGGUUUAUUUCGUAUAACACCAGUUUAUUAAGAAAAUUAUAUAUAAUCGGGUAACUUAGAGAAUAAUGUGAACAUUAUUAUUUCGUUAACAUUUCUGUGAUGAAACUCCUAGCAGUUCUGUGUUAUCAGACAUGGCUAGCCAGCCCGAUGACGUCUCUGGCAACAAGUAGCCAACUUUUUGUACCGGCAUCAGGACUAAGACUGAUCGGUUUCGCUGGUGUUUGAAUCAUGUCAAUGGCAGACAAACAACAACGUUACCUCAUCACAAGUUGAUGAUUUACAAUUUGCUUUUAUUAUCUGGCUGAAUAUGAAGCAUAUUUGACAGUUGUCUUAAAUUUUCAUAAUCAUUGUUAGUGGACGGACUGUCGAGGCUCCUCCGUCUUAGGGUAACAAAAUAAUAAAAGGUCGGGAAGAAAAUCAUGUAGAGGGUCAGUUUCCUCUAUAUGUUUUGUUCACCAAUAAUGAUUAAUAUAAGGAUAUAUAUACAUAUAUAAUUUUAACAUGUUUUAUUUACCAAAAGUAUCGGAAAGGCAAAAACAGUAAGUACGGGGAACUACUUAAACGUACUGCAUUAUAUCGAUUAGGUUUUUAUAUAUUUCUGCCUCUCUUAAUACAUUUGACACUCGUAUCAAGAGACUUAUCUCAAAACGCCCUUCAGGUCGGACUCAGCUGUCAUCACCAUGCACAAAAUACGACCCGGCAUUGACUCGUGGGUAGAGAAAGGUCGGUUUUCUACAUCGCCUUUGUAGAAACUUGGCCUCUGUGAUCCACGACUUCCGUGAUCGCUGUCUGGGUCUCACAGACGUCCUGAUCAGUUAUACUAUUAUACCCCUUGUUACGAUGAAUGUGUGCCUAUUUUUUUAUGAUUUGUCAUUGCACUGGGGUCACAAAGUAAUUACUCUAGUUGGUUGCUUUUCACUAUAUAUAUAUAUAUAUAUAUAUAUAUAUAUAUAUAUAUAUAUAUAUAUAUAUAUAUAUAUAUAUAUAUAGUGUUUGUAUGUGUAUAUUGUCACCCUCAUUUAUUGCCAUUUCGUUACCCCCUUUUUGUUUUGUUGGAUGAUCAGUUUUGCUUCAUUGGUUGUAAAAACUUUCCACUUCAUAAAAUCAUCAUCACACGCGACGAGAUCUGAUCCUUCCCUUCGUCUGAAUUACGAGAAAAAUUAAAUUGCUGGGUAAAAUUAAAGACAAAAUGAUCGAAGAGAGGGGAGGGAACAUCAAGGGUAAAUAUUCGUGGUUCUGAACUCAAGCCUCUAUGACGUCAACGUGACCUCAGAGUUGACGUCAUAAUAGGGUUGACAUCAGACAACUGGAACGCCUGUCGUCUCCCUCCCCGCGGCACAGACACAGACGCACUCUGUUCCCCCUGAACUGUAUGUCUCAUGAACAUUUGAAGCGUUUGUAAACCUACUGAAUACCAUGUUUUAAAUCCUUCUUUCCCUAAUUUACUUUUCUUUCUCUGUCCUCAUUACUGUCUUUUUCAUCCUUCACUUUUUCACGGUCUUAUUGUAAACCUCUUCCCAUCUUGCUUUUAUUUUUCUAGUUUUUUUUUUUUUUCAAACUCAUUGUCCUUCAAUUUAUCUCCUGUCGGUUAUCAGCACCUAAAAGGAGACCUGUUCGAUACGUCAGAGACAGUCAUCUAGUCCAAUAAACACAACGCUAAUUUAAAUCUCGGUUUGCGAACAGGCUCUGGACCAGAGAUUUGUAAACAGCUGUGAAUGUUCUUGAGUACGGGAAAAUUGCGUCCGUCCAUGUCUUUCAAUCACUCGGUUUAUUUUUGUAUUUAUUUUUACUGUGGUAUUUUGGGUUCUCUCGCCCAGACGACCCGUGCACAACCACAUGAUGCGUGACUUACGGUGUUAGGUGUUGUGGGGUUUCAUUUUUUGAGGGGUUAUAUGUUUUUUGUCUUUUACUCUGUACAGUCUCCAUAUUUUCCUUUUUAUUGGAAAGACAGCAAGUACUGUAAUACUGCUUCAAUUUUACGUUGGGAGAAAGAAAAUGAAAACAUAUUUAUAUGUAUGGUUAUGUAUUCUUCUUUCUUCUAUCUUUAUUAUAAUAUUAAUGGAGAAGUAAAUAAUUUAAGGAUUCUAUCAUGUGAUGGCCAUUAUGUUUUUAAUCUUCAUUUUAGUGAUAUAUUUUAAGAAAUGUUUCCAGAACAACACCUGAUUCUGUAUUUCUUCAUCGUGUCCAACCCACUCUGGAAAUUUUCAAUGUGACUUAAAAGCACUUGAAAAAAAAACAGCCUUAGACAUUAAUUCAAGGCAGCUACCUAGUCAAGAUCACUUAGGGCAGAAUUCACAAACGUUGCUUCAGUAAUGAGCCACUUCCCCACCUCCCCCAGCAAGCACUUCCUGAUCUAAGACUUGUUUAUGAGUCGUCACUACUGUGGAAGGCUUAUUGUAAUUCCCUGUUGAGGUUUGAGAAAAGUAAUAUGAAUGAAGCCAGAUACCCUGAAAGAGACUGAAGUCACUCUGGAGUUUUGAACGUUUAUGGAAUCUGCCCUCAAGUUUGCCUCUUAAUCUUUCCUCUGUACAUAGCGUUAAAGGACGUUUUCCUAUUAUUAUUAUUAUUAUUAUUAUUAAUUAUUAUUAUUAUUAUUUUCCAUUUUCAAUGUUUUGGUGGUUGUAUAUAAAUUUGUAUCGGGUCUUGAUCCCCCUCCCUCCCUCUUCCUACUCAACCUCUCUCUCUUCCUUCAAACACUGUAAGAAGACCCUCUCUGUACAGUACUCUUGUGCACCACCUUAAACUCUGUGUACAGGACAAAAUAUGUAAAUAGGAAUUAUUAUGUGAAUAAGAUUGAUAACCGCGUUGAUUUGUAUAUUGACUGUUUUUCGCCAUUUCUCACAUCACUGUUAACCAAAAUAAAUAAAAAACAUUUGAGCGAGUGCUAUGUAACAUUCUGUGUGUGAUACAUCUCGCCAAAUACAACAAACGAACUACUACAUGAACGAAAAAAAUAAAAUAAACAAUAAUAUACGCCCAUUGCCAAUUGUAAGUCAGCAGAAUGUUUGCUUACUGUUACAGACCCAAAUAAGACGGUCGUGUACAUGAUGAGGACCGGAGGUAGAGUUUUUCAAUUGUACAAAGUGUAUUUUUAUUAGCAACUUAUCCCAUGAAAUACAAAGUGUUUGAUAAA